CGGCACUUGGUAUCAUAUAGGCGUACGCAGUAUAGGGUUUUAUAAAGAUUUAAAAACGAAAGAUUUCGAAGGGAGACGGAAUUCAUAUUUGGGAGACGGGCAAACGAACACAUGCACAACCAAGAAUAGUUAGUCUGCUAAGUCAACAAUGCCUAAAUCCAAGCGUAACAGACCAGUGACUCUAUCCAAGACGAAGAAGAAGGAUAGAUCCCACAAAGAGAACAUUAUAAAUAUGAUCAGGGAUUCUGCUGAGAAGCAUACUUUCGUUUACGUAUUUGGUUUCGAGAACAUGAGGAAUCUGAAGUUUAAAGAGUUCAGAGAGCAGCUCAAAUCUUCUAGCAGAUUUUUUCUUGGUUCAAAUAAGGUUAUGCAGUUGGCAUUAGGUCGCUCAGCUGCUGAUGAAAUUAAACCGGGUCUUUAUAAGAUAUCUAAGCUAUUACGUGGAGAUUCGGGACUUCUAUUUACUAAUUUGCCUAAGGAAGAGAUUGAAAGAUUAUUCAACCUUUAUGAAGAAUAUGACUUUGCUAGGACUGGGAGUCUUGCAACAGAAAAGGUGGAGCUAAAAGAAGGCCCUCUGGACCACUUCACUCAUGAGAUGGAACCAUUUUUGCGCAAGCAAGGAAUGCCUGUUCGGUUAAACAAAGGUGUUGUUGAGCUAGUUUCAGACUAUGUCGUCUGUGACGGAGGGGAACCUUUAUCCCCGGAAGCCUCUCGUAUACUGCGUCUGCUUGGCAUCAAGAUGGCUACUUUUAAGCUACAUCUGAUAUGCAGGUGGAGCCCAGAUGAAUUUGAAGUCUAUAGAGAAAAUUUAGAAGAUUCUGAUGUGGAAUCUUCAUAGAGAAUUUAAAACAUGUUCUCUUUGGUAAACAUCCUCUUUUGUCUACCAAUGAUGUGAUUUGGAGAAUGUUUUGUUAAACGCCUUUAGGCAAUUGCAGGCGAUGCACUCCGUGGUGUGAGCAUCAUUUCUGUUUUGGGUCUGACAACCUUUGCUUGCACUAGGGAGUGCUGAAUCUUAGAGAUGGUGCAAUGUAGUACGUUUUUAUGUUCUCCUGCAAGAGAUUCUCAGUAAUGUGUUUUAUGCGUUUUUUGUCUUUUAUUAGUGUAUUGAGUGUUUUGGAGCUAGAGCCAGUUUGUAACCCUAAACUUGAAUGAUUUCACUACAGAAAUUGUGAUUGAAACAAUAGAAUUGAUUUUUUGGAAGAAGUGUCUUAUAUCGAAAAUAUGGAAUAAUCUAG